AGUCUUGGCGUCAGGAGGCGGAGCACCGCCCCCGGGUCCAGCCGCGCUCUCCUACAGUGGCUGGACGCGCUGGGCGCUGGGUGCGGCCAUGCGGGGCCCGGGCCUAAGUGUGACCCUGACCCUGAGGCCAAGACCUAGCGCGACCUCAGGCACCGUACGGCUCCCCCGGCAGAGGCGGCGGGCGCGGGGCGCGCUCUGAAACCCGGGGGAUGCGCGGGCGCCGUGACCAUGGGUGCCGCCGCCUCCAGGAGGAGGGCGCUGAGGAGCGAGGCCAUGUCCUCGGUAGCGGCCAAAGUAAGAGCAGCCCGAGCGUUUGGAGAGUACCUGUCCCAGAGUCACCCUGAGAACCGCAACGGUGCAGACCACCUGCUGGCCGACGCCUACUCUGGCCACGAAGGGUCCCCAGAGAUGCAGCCUGCACCCCACAACAAGCGCCGCCUCUCCCUCGUCUCCAAUGGCCGCUAUGAGGGCAGCAUCUCAGAUGAGGCAGUCAGCGGGAAGACGGCUACAGAGGGCCCCCAGCCCCGUGUGUACACCAUCUCUAGAGAGCCAGCCCUGCUGCCUGGCUCUGAAGCCGAAGCCAUUGAGCUAGCAGUGGUGAAAGGGAGGAGGCAGCGGGAGCGGCACCCUCACCACCACAGCCAGCCCCUGCGCGCCAGCCCAGGCAGCAGCCGUGAGGACAUCAGCAGGCCCUGCCAAAGCUGGGCAGGAAGCCGCCAGGGCUCCAAAGAAUGCCCCGGAUGUGCCCAGCUGGUCCCUGGUCCCUCCCCUCGGGCCUUCGGGUUGGAACAGCCACCUCUACCUGAGGCUUCCGGCCGUCACAAGAAGCUGGAAAGGAUGUAUAGUGUUGAUGGAGUGUCUGAUGACGUCCCCAUCCGUACCUGGUUCCCCAAGGAAAACCCUUUCAGCUUCCAGACGGCAACCACAACUAUGCAAGCGGUAUUCAGGGGCUACGCGGAGAGGAAGCGUCGGAAACGGGAGAAUGAUUCCGCGUCUGUAAUCCAGAGGAACUUCCGCAAACACCUGCGCAUGGUUGGCAGUCGGCGGGUGAAGGCCCAGACGUUCGCUGAGCGGCGCGAACGGAGCUUCAGCCGGUCCUGGAGCGACCCCACCCCUAUGAAAGCCGACACCUCCCACGACUCCCGAGACAGCAGUGACCUACAGAGCUCACACUGCACCCUGGAUGAGGCUUGUGAGGACCUGGACUGGGACACAGAGAAAGGCCUGGAGGCCACGGCCUGCGACACUGAGGGCUUCUUGCCACCCAAGGUCAUGCUAAUCUCCUCCAAGGUGCCCAAGGCCGAGUACAUCCCAACCAUCAUCCGCAGAGACGACCCAUCCAUCAUCCCCAUCCUCUAUGACCAUGAGCACGCAACGUUCGAGGACAUCCUGGAGGAAAUAGAGAAGAAGUUGAACAUCUAUCACAAGGGGGCCAAGAUCUGGAAGAUGCUGAUUUUCUGCCAGGGCGGCCCUGGGCACCUUUAUUUGCUCAAGAACAAGGUGGCCACCUUUGCCAAAGUGGAGAAGGAAGAGGACAUGAUCCACUUCUGGAAGAGGCUGAGCCGUCUGAUGAGCAAAGUGAACCCUGAGCCAAAUGUCAUCCACAUCAUGGGCUGCUACAUCCUGGGGAACCCUAACGGGGAGAAGCUAUUCCAGAACCUCAGGACCCUCAUGACCCCUUACAAGGUUACCUUUGAGUCGCCCCUGGAGCUCUCUGCCCAAGGGAAGCAAAUGAUUGAGACCUACUUUGAUUUCCGGCUGUACCGCCUGUGGAAAAGCCGCCAGCACUCAAAGCUGCUGGACUUUGAUGACGUCCUGUGAGAAGCAUGGGUCAUGUCCAGGCACCACCAGGCCAUUUCCUCUGGGCUGGGAACCUAGAGCUGGGCCACCUCUUGCUCCUAGGACCAUGUGGCCCUGCCCUUGCCCACAGCCACUUCAGGGACCCUCAGACGUUGCUCAGGUUCUCGUAGGGUCUAGUCCUCACUGCACCAGUGGACCACAGAGGCCACAGUCCUGGUGCCUGGAUUAACAAUCUCAGCUCAUGGCCGGUGGCCACUUAAUGGCUAGGGCAUUGACCUGUCGCGCCUCGCCUGGAGGCUGCAGCAUUGGGGACCCCUCCAUGGGGUUUCAUAGAAAUAAGUGCAAUUUUUUUACACCCCUGAAACAAUCUGAAGGGAAGCAGCAUUACUAACUAGUUAAGCACUCUGCUACUAGUUACAGUGUAGACAACUGGCCCAGUGUGUGUUCAGGUCCCCCGUCCCCCAGCCUCUCAGCCCUGCUGUAUUUGAUCACCAGCACCAGGAUGGCCCAUCAAUGUGGGGCUAGCUCUGUCAGGCCGCCUAGCCUGGCCCGGUCUACACUGGCCAAAUCUGGCCUGCUUUCACCCCUCUUGUCAUCCCUGGCUUACUUUGACCUCGUCCUGGCAAGGGGUAGCCUGGGCACUGGAAGGGAAGAGCCUCACCGUCCCUCUUGUCAGGGAAGGCACUGGGUUGCCACCUGUUGCCCACCUCCUCAAGCCACCUCGUUUCCCUUGCUGCUGUUGAACUCAGCUUUUCCCAGCCUUGGUCUGAAAGCCACAUCCCAGAGCAGAGGCUUAGGGGUGUGGUAGGGCCAACUGGGGCUGGAGGCAAGAACCUCACCAACAUUGUGGUAGGGGGCCUAGAUCUGUCACCCCAGGCUGGAGAGUCAAGUAGCUGGUGAACUGUGAGGUCCCCAUGACUCCCUUCAGUCUUGCCCAGGGUCUAGCAGGGUGGGCUCUCUUGUACAUAGUUGGAGCUUGGGGGCAGGCCCCCCUUUUGUAGAGCCUGGGGUCUGAGGACACCUGGCUGUGUUCCUGACCCAGAAGAGUUAGGAUUGGGCGCUGAACAAUGUACGAUAUCCCUUAGAGUGACCAUUAAACUCGAUCCUUUGCUGCA